CCGCCACGAUGCGCCCGUAACACGACGGCAUAAUAUGCUUCUCCCAGGUUUCUUUUCUUUUGCAUUACAUUAAAGAUUAGCUCACUUGCUGCUGGCUGGCUGUUCCCCUAACGCCGCGUUGCACAUGCAGCAGCCCCAGAGCCGCACUCAAAGGCGACAGGCUCGCCGUUGCAACAAGCCAUCUCCACCAUCCUGCGACAACACCAAACCCAGCUCCUCGGCGUCGCGACGCAGGCCUUGUUGACGGAGGAGGGGAAAUGGCCCGUCUCAGGUCUGAUCCGACAAGUCGCCGGUUGAUUUCAAGCUCGAUCCUGGGAGGCUGGGAUACUGGUGCUAGCAGUAUGUAGUCUGUUUUCUCUUAUAAGGCAGACCCCAAGACACACCGUCUUAAAUGGAAGCUUGGCUGGAACUAGCCAGUGUACUUUUUUUUCUUGUCUGUCGUUAUCAUAUUGCAGUUGCUUGUUUUUGCAUCGCCUUGUUGUUCUUCUUUUCUUCUCUUUCUCUUGCCGCCAAGUCAUCUCGGCACAUUCUGACAAAAGACGCUCGCUCUGGUAGCCUGCUUCUUCUUGUCCUUUUGUCAUCAUCCGAUGUAAGUUAGUCCCUGUUGAGCCGCUCAGCAGGAUGAUGAGUAUUUCUCUGGGGAACAAAGCUGACAUGCCGCAAGCCUUACAGUCAGAUUUCUCGUUGCCGAAUCCGUAUUACUUACCCGACGCACGCACGGCUUUCAAAAGGACGACCAUACAUACAGACUCGCACCCAAAGGAUUCCGCGGUAUCUGCAACUGCAUUGAGCCGGCUACCGACUGCUUUCUUUCGGAGUCUUUCUUGAGUGUGUGCGUGUGUGGCAGCCUUCCUUUGCGGAGUUAACUAUAGCGCAUCGGGUUAAUCUUUUUUCGGCCCUGAGUUGCAUUCCUACGCGAGACAACAUCCGAAAACCUUGGUGCAAAAGGUUCGGAGUUAAUCCUGUUUUGUUGGGAAACUCUGUGUGUAUUUUUUGCCUUUUUGUUUUCCUGUUGGCUUUUUCACUAUGAGCCAUCAUCAAUUCCCGUCUGGCCUUUACUCGCCCACAGCGCUGCAUCCCUCCCUGGCAGAAGCCUCCGUCAGCACACACAGCGCUGUAACCCGACGACCCAGCACGCUAGACAACCCCGCAGCACGUCACUCGGCCGCUAAUAGCGCUAGCCCCAGUGCGUCCGCCGCCCACACCACCACCACCACCACCACCACCGACGGACAUCUCGAUAACUCCGGCCACGCUGACGCAUAUAAACAUCUUGCCCUUCCCAGCCCGCGCCUGCAAGUCUCCCCCCUCAAUAUUCACAAACUCCCCGGGCAUGAAGACGACCGCACAGUCGCCGUCCCUCUAGUCGGCAUCUCUCCCACAACCACCAACACCGAGUCAUCCAGCCCGCCUUUGUCCGCCAAAACCAUCACCACCACCACCAUGUCACAUUCUCCUUUCUCCGUGUCGGAGGAACCAGCUCCAGAUUCCUCAACACUUGCAAGACCACGACGCCCCGAUGCCCUCUCGCUUGACGGCCUACUCUCCGCCAACUCCGCCGCUCCCUCCGCAUCCUCCAUUCAACUCACAAAUGCCCUCAACAAUCUCUCUUCUUCUUCUGCUUCCUUCCGACGCCGAUCUUCGGCAGCCACGGCUCUGGCCGCCCUCAAGUCGCCAUGCUUCUACCACCAGCGCUUCGACGACGCUGUCGACAUCGACAAGGUACUCGAGGAGAUCAAAAAUGACGACUUCAUGUCCCAUUCCCGCCUCGUCCAGACUGCUACCAGCGUCCGCGAGGUCUCCAAACAGCUCCAGCGCCGCCCAGUCAAGCGUGCUGUCCGCAAUAUCAUGAUUGUCACAAAGGCCCGCGAUAACCAGCUAGUCGUUCUCACGAGAGAGCUGACAUCGUGGCUCCUCUGCACGCCGCGCUAUGGCUCCGACUUGGGUGUAAACGUCUAUGUUGACGCCAAACUGCGCAACUCGCGGCGCUUUGAUGCCUGCGGUCUGGUUGCUGACGACCCACGCCUCGAGGGUAUGCUUAAGUACUGGACUCCCGACCUCUGCUGGAACCAACCGGAAAAGUUCGAUCUUGUGCUCACGCUCGGCGGUGAUGGCACCGUCCUCUUCACAUCGUGGCUCUUCCAGCGCAUCGUGCCCCCCGUGCUGUCCUUCAGCCUCGGCAGUCUCGGCUUCAUGACCACCUUUGAGUUUGAAAAGUACAAGCAACACCUCAAUCGGGUCAUGGGCGAUGACGGCAUGAAGAUUAACUUGCGCAUGCGCUUUACGUGCACCGUGAUCCGUAACGGCGCUACUACAAACGUACACGGCGAUAUCGGUGGCGAGCAGUUUGAAGUGCUCAACGAACUCGUCAUUGACCGCGGUCCUUCACCAUACGUUUCGAAUCUCGAGCUGUACGGCGACGACGAGCUCCUCACUGUUGUUCAGGCCGAUGGCUGCAUCUUCUCCACCCCAACGGGAUCAACAGCCUACUCGUUGUCCGCUGGCGGCUCUCUUGUUCAUCCCGAUAUUCCCGCCAUCCUCCUCACACCCAUCUGCCCUCACACAUUGUCAUUCCGCCCCAUGGUUCUCUCAGAUACCAUGGCACUACGCGUCGCUGUUCCUCGCUCCUCUCGUGCCACCGCCUACUGCUCCUUCGACGGCAAAGGCCGCAUCGAGCUGCGACAGGGCGACCAUGUUACGAUUACCGCUUCUCAAUACCCCUUCCCGACCGUCACCCGUACCGAUACAGAGUGGUUCGAUAGCGUCAGCAGAACGCUGCGCUGGAAUACCCGUGCCGCUCACCAAAAGCCCUUCGAAAGUGGCGAUGGCGAGUGCGGCGAUGCUGCCACCGAAGACGAAGAGUCUUGGGACAUCGAUACCGAUAGUGCGUACUAUCCGAGCGAAGAGGGCAGUGUUAGUGCUAGCCCAGUGAGACGACAGAUGAGUCUUCUCAGCAUGUAGACGGCGUUUUAGAUGAGGUUUCACAAUUUCCAUCUCCCACAAGAA